UUGUGAAAGACAUUACUCCGGAAAAGAUGGCGGAGGCGUCGCAGCUAACAACAUGUCCCGUGAAUCCGGCUGGAAAAGAAGUUAAAGGAAUUUUAAAACACAAGUCUGAAGAUCAUACGCAUCCAGAAGUGAAGUGGGACGAAAUGAAUAUAUUAGAAACUUAUCAUCCUGCGAACAAGGACUAUGGACAUAUGAAAAUUGAUGAACCCCCAACACCGUAUAAUUAUGAUGAGCUUGCAGGGGAAGAAGGAGAAAUGGCUAACAUAGAUAACGUUGCGGAAAAACUUGCUACAGGAGCUCCUAGAAAAGACUACGAGAGUAAUCCCGACGAAAGUGAUGAGGAAGAAAAUUUAACUGACGAUGCGAAGGAAAAAAAGAAGGAGUUUCAAGACCACAGAAAGAAACACUACAACGAAUUCACAAAUGUAAAACGCGCCAGAGAGCUAAUUGAAAAAGAACUUGCCGAAUUGGAGGAUGAAGAGGGGAAAAUGGAUACAUCAAAAUAAAUAGAGUGGGGGGAGUGAAUUUAGACAGAAAGUGUUAUUUCUUAAAUUUGCACAAAAACACUUCACUGUCCAUCUGGUUGUUGCUUAUCAAAAACAAUGCUUCUCAAAUUUCAUUUUUUUAAAACGAUGUUGCGAAGGUUUCCUGUACCUCUUGUAGCCGAGCGCAUGAAUAGUUGGUAAAAAUAACCUUUGAAUAUGUUUUUGUAUUCCUGAGUGAUAAAAAAAAUAUAUAUAUAUAUUCAAAUAUUAUGAUAGAACCAAAAUAUAUACAUUAUUUAUUGUGCGCA